AUGAGUUCCAACCUGAACUUAGAGCCUCCAAGCCCUAUCCCUCCUCGAACAAGCUCCGCAAAUGCUCCUACAAGCCCAACAAGCCCAUCCGCGCAUCGGCAUCGGCUCUCCGUCGCAGGCGGGGAACCCUCCCCGAAAAUCAGGCACCGCCGCAACAAGUCCAGCGUGGAUGGCACCAAACACAAAGAUGGGCAGUGGUCUGAGAAAAACGAGGAGAUCGUGAUGGGUCCCUAUGACUAUCUUCAGUCACACCCCGGCAAGGAUGUGCGUCGCCUAUUGAUCGAUGGCUUUGACUCUUGGCUCCAGGUGCCAGCAGAGAGUCUGGAGAUCAUCACCAAGGUGGUAGCCAUGCUGCACACGGCAUCGUUACUGUUAGUCGCUCCUUACCUACCCGCUAACAAUGCACUGCGACUUCCCAGAACUGGAUUCACUGACAUGUAUCUCCCCCCACACAGGAUCGAUGAUGUCGAAGAUAGCUCCGUCCUCCGUCGCGGUAUCCCAGUCGCCCACAAUAUCUUCGGCACUGCGCAGACCAUCAACUCAGCCAACUACGUCUAUUUCCUGGCUCUGCAGGAGGUCCAGAAACUGAAUAACCCGGCCGCGAUCGACAUUUUCGUGAAGGAGCUCUUGAAUCUUCAUCGCGGUCAGGGGAUGGACCUCUUCUGGCGUGAUACGUUGACUUGCCCGACGCAGGAUGAGUAUCUCGAAAUGGUGGGAAACAAGACAGGUGGAUUGUUCCGGCUUGCGGUGAAGUUGAUGCAAGCAGAAAGUGCAACGGGUAAGGACUGUGUUAGCCUUGUGAAUGUCAUGGGCCUGAUCUUUCAGAUCUGUGACGACUACUUGAAUCUUUCCAAUACGACCUACACCGAGAACAAGGGUCUAUGCGAGGACCUGACUGAGGGCAAAUUUUCUUUUCCCAUUAUUCAUAGUAUUCGUUCGAAUCCCGGGAGUCACCAGCUUAUCAGUAUCUUGAAGCAGAAGACGACUGAUGAGGAAGUAAAGCGUUAUGCCGUGCAGUACAUGAAGAGCACUGGGAGCUUCGAGCAUUGUCAAGUUGUGGUGCGGGAGCUGCGAGACCGAGCCUUAUCCCUGAUCGACGAGAUCGAUGCUACACCCAAUAUCAAUGGUGCUGGGAAUGGAAAUAAGGUACGAGCGGUUUUGAUGAAUAUUGUGAAAUCCACCCUUGGGGAGGAGAACCCGCAAUGA